AUGAGUCUCCGGACCCCACGCACACUCCUGAGGCUGGCAGGAGAGAGCCUGCUGAGGGACCAGGCCUCAGCCAUCGCAGCUCUGGAGUACCUGCCUGCUGAGCUCUUCCCGCUGCUCUUCAUUCAGGCCUACCAUAGGAGAAUGCAGAAGCCCCUGAAGGCCAUGGUGCAAGCCUGGCCCUUCACUGUCCUUCCUCUGGGCUGCCUGUCACAGAUGUUCCUGAAUAAGGUCUUAAAAGCCCUGUUGGACGGGCUGGAUGUACUGCUUGCCCAGGAGGUUUGGCCCAGGAGGUGUAAACUGCGGGUGCUGGAUUUCAGGAACACGGGAGCUAAGUUCUGGAGAAUGUGGUGUGGAGACAGCACCCAGAAGUGCUCACAGACAGAACCAGUGGCUGUGCACAGCUCCAGCCCCAACAUGGAGCACCCCUUGGCUCCCUUGGAGGUGUUCUUAGACCUUAAUUUCAAUGAAAGGGACGGGGAUGAGUUUCUCAAGUACAUCAUCCAAUGGGCCCAGCAGAGGGAAGGGUUGCUACACCUGUGCUGCAAGGCGCUGAGGAUUUCUGAGGUUCCCUUCCAGAGGGUCAGGAGGGUCCUGGAUGUGGUGCAGCUGGACUGCAUCCAGGAGGUUAAAGUGAACUGCACCUGGGACCUGCCCACCCUGGGGACGUUUGCUCUCUACCUGGGUCAGAUGAGUAACCUGCAGAGACUCCCCCACAUCUACAUGCUCCGCUUGCGGCACCUCCGGGAGCUCGACAUGGAUUCUCCCAUCUUCCUCCGAGGCCGUCUGGACCAGAUGCUCAGGUGCCUGCAGACCCCCUUGGACAAACUCUGCAUAACCAAUUGCCAGCAGCUGACCCAUUCAGACCUGACACACCUGUUCCAGUGCCCAAACCUCAGGCAGCUGAAGUCCCUGCAUCUAUUUGGUCUCAGCCUCGCGGAUUUUAGUCUUGAGCCCCUCCGAGCUCUGCUGGAGGCAGUGGCACCCACCCUCGAGGACCUGGGCCUGGAUAACUGUGCCAUGGUGGACUCCCAAGUCGAGACCAUCCUGCCUGUCCUGAGCCGCUGUCACCAGCUCAGGGGCUUCACCAUCUCUGAGAACAACAUUUCCGUGGACACCGUGGAGAAGCUGCUGUGCCACACAGCCAGGCUGAGCAGUUUAGAGCUCGAGCUGUACCCAGUCCCCCUGGAAUAUUACAGGAUCCAGGGGACUGUCAACGAGGAGAGACUUGCCCUGCUCCGGGCUGAGCUCACGGGGAUACUGAAGGAGUUAGGACAGCCCAGGAACAUCUUUCUUGGCACCAAGUACUGUCACAACUCUGGCAAAUGUAAAAUUUAUGACGUGGAGUUUUCAUGA